AUGAUGACAACCUUCACCGACCUACCAGUCGAGCUUCUCGACCGGAUUUGCGUCUGGCUGUGCCCUCACUGCAGACCAUUCACAGUCAGGAUAACGAAACCAAGCAUCGACUCACGCCCGACAUCGGACGACUGGGAACGUGACCGGCUUUACCGCACCACCCUCUUCAACUUGUGCUUGACAUCGAAAGCCCUUCGACGCGUGGCUCAGCCGGUACUUUUUCAUCGCUUCCUACACCACGACAACCGGCACUGGCAGACCCCUCGAACUGGGCUGACCCUGCGUCUCUUCGAGCUGUUGCGAACCAUUGACGAGCGCCCCAGCCUGGCCGGUCUGCUCAGGUGUGUCGACAUCAACGCCUUUGAGCGUAACUGCACCUGUUGCCGUCGCGGUUCCGAACCGAUCACCCCCGAGCAAAACGGAUUGGUCACACGGCUGGCCAGUAAGACAGGCCUCGCUUUCGAAACCGCAGAGCUCGAAUUGCAUGACCUCCCUGAGUGCCUCAUCCAGCUGCUGCUGGCCUCGGCUCGGAACCUGUCAGGGCUGAACCUGUGCGCCCCUCGCUGGUGGACGUUCUGCUCCCUGGCACUAUGGGCCUCUCGAAGCGGCCACCAGACGUUCUUGCCUUGGCUGAAACGAAUGGAGCUGGCCAUCGAUAACCACGAGAGCGACGCAUGCCUCGGGCCGCAUAACGAGUCGUGUAACCAUCCAACGACGUCGUGCUCGAUCGAGCGUCUUCUGGUUGACGCUGCGCCCAACCUCAAGCUCCUAUCCUGUACUGCCGGUGCCCUGAACAGCCUGCCUCUGCUCCCGGCGUUAAAGUGGCUGGAAAUCCAUGUCCAUGGAUCCUGGGAGGGAAUGCUACCGCAGCUCAUGAGAGGGUUGCCUCGUCUCACACACCUCACCGUCAUCGCCAGAAACAAGCACUGCCCCACGCCGAACGAGAUACAGAACUCGUUGGCGGGCCACCGCGAUACUCUGGAGUAUCUGAACGUCGUGCAACACAGGUGGAUGUCCCAGGGCUGGAGGCCGAGCACAGAAAAGUAUGCCAUGACAUCUCUCGCCGAGUUCACGGCCCUCAAAACCAUCAACCUCGACGGGUACAUGAUCUGGCCCGACAGAGGUGGCAUGGCCGCCAACCAGAUGGUUCCAGCAGACCUGGAGCUUCUCCCCGAGUUUCUACCUGAGUGCGUGCAGCAGCUGCACGUCGACCUCUCGGACAACUAUGGAGACGAGAGCUUCAGGUCGUUGGCUGAAGCCAAGACAAAGGGGAGGUUUCCGCAGCUAGAUGCUGUCUUCUGGCGGUCCGAUGGCAUCCAUAACCUCAUGCUGGCCGCCGCUGACAGGUCGUGGGCCGCGGGCGACGAGUGGAAGGCGGAGGUCCCCUUGCAAGUCGCGAGAUGGAUGGAAGAUCAAGGCCACAGUCUCGCGUUUCCCGACUGGCGAGCUUUGCGACUCAAGAUAGAUCCUACGACGCGUCGACGCAAAGUAAGAAUCACGUCGUAG